AUGGCGGACCUCAUCGCCAUGGGCGUCUACACAGCUGUUCGGUCCUGCGGCGGACCCAUCAUUCCCAUCCGCGCAGGACGUAUCGAUGCCACCACCGCUGGCCCUGUGGGAGUGCCUCAGCCGCAAAAUUCGCAGGGAACAUUCAUAAACCAAUUCCUGCGCACCGGAUUCAACACCUCGGGAAUGAUUGCAUUGACUGCAUGUGGACAUACCCUCGGCGGCGUGCAUGCCGACAACUUCCCCAAGAUCCUCGCCCCGGGAUCCGUAGCACACAACUAUCAACUGCUGGAUGGAACCGCUGCGUUCGAUGAGAAGAUCGUAACGGAUUUCGUGCAUCACGUCCUUGGAAAUCCUCUCACGGGGAACCUCGCAAGGAUUAAUUCCCGCGACGCGGAUACCAAGGUGUUCACGGCUGACGGCAACGUCACCAUCCGGACUCUCACGGACCCAACGACUUUCCGAUCCACCUGUGCUUCCCUCCUCCAACAGAUGAUCGAGGUGGUUCCCUCGGGUGUGGUGUUGACAGACCCCAUUGUGCCUUAUGAGGUGAAGCCCGUUCAUCUACAACUGUCUCUGCUAGAUUUUGGGGAAAAUGUACAAUUCUCCGGGCAAAUCCGAGUGCGUACAACUUUCCGUUCGGUGAAUGCGAUAUCCCAUGUCCGACUACUUUUCCAUGACCGCUUCGGGGGAAGAGUUGUGGCCCCUGUGCAACUGAUUGUCAAUAUAAGGGAGCUGCAGCGGGUUCUACGGAUUUUCGACCUCUCUCCAGUCAGUUUGUCUAUCUCGACUUUUCUUGUGCAGAUUCACUUUUCCAACGGUGUCGUCGAGCUCCAUGACAACAAUGGCUUCCUGUAUCCGGUGCAGGAUACGAUCAUGCUGCAGUCUGCGCAAAGCUGUCUGGCAGAUGCAACGGACGGCAGUGCAAAAAAAAAAUGUGACGGUCGUGGCAGCUUACCGUCCCUGACGACCAUUUCGAUUCCCAUGGCUCAUCGGCAGAGAGUAGGCGCAUAUGACCUCCUCACGGCAAGCUACCUGAUCGAUGCCAGUCAAGUAGCCCAUGGAAGAUUUGACCUCUCUACGGGCAGUGGAGCAACCCAGGUAGUCGACCAUUUCUACAGCAUCGCCGAUCUGGGCUCAACCUGCUCCGGCGGCGGAUCCAACUCCAGCACCUUCAUCUAUGAGAGCUGCAUAGCUGACUCCGUCUCCCCGCGGAUGCUCACCGGUGCUGCAACCACCGAUACUGCCAUGACGGUCGAACGAUGUGCCACUUUUGCGCGAAAUAUCAUUGGUUCGGAGUUGAAUAUGGCACGGAGUGCUACUGCGGGAAUACAUGGGUACCCGGAACGAACGAGACUGCUCAAGUGGACUGUCAGACACCGUGUGCAGGUAAUCCGUCUGAGAUCUGUGGUGGUCCGCUUCGACUCAGUGUCUAUCGGGACACGACUUAUGUGGCUCCUAUUCAUCCUAAUAUCACAGGCUAUCACUAUCACGGCUGCUACAGUGACUCUCGCAGUAAUAGAACCCUCUAUGGUUCGUUCCACUAUGCGAAUAAUAUGA